AUGUCUUCAUAUCCACCUCAAAACCAACCGCCUCACACCGGUGGCAAUGUUCAUAAUUCUCAGUACCAAAUGUUUCCAUAUACAUCUCAAAACCAACCACUUCACCCUGAUGAAAAUUUCACAAAUCCACAAUACCCCAUGUAUCCACCACAAUACCAAUUUCAAAGCCAAGCCCCUCCUACUGGUAGCACUGGUUCAAAAGUCUCUGAUACACAAUGUGAGGCUACGCCUGAUGAUACACAACACGAGGGUCUAGAUGAUAUUGAUCUUGAAGAUGAGGAUCAAUCUUCUGGAAAGAAACGCACCAGAUGGAGGGUUAAAGACGAUUUACUUCUUGUUCAAUCAUGGCUCAACAUUUCUAAGGAUCCGACGGUGGGAACUGAUCAAACGGCAGCAAAGUUUUGGGAUAGGAUCCGCGACCAAUUUGAUGAGUACCGUGACUUUGACACUCCUCCGAGGACAGGGAAGAUGCUGAAAUGUCGUUUUGGAAAAUUGAGUAAAGAUAUUCAAUUCUUUACCGGUUGCUACAACAAAGUUACCACUCCUUAG